AUGAAACACAGCAAUAAAUUUUUCGAAGUUGAUAUUCCAGAAUCAAGUCUGAGUCCACGGAGUUUGCCAAAGGCUACAAAAAUAAUCACAUCAUUAUAUUUGCUUUUAACGCUACUUUUAUUUGUUCUUCGAAGAAUCUAUUAUGUGAGACAUGAAGACCAGGAAUUUGAUUCUGUAAUUGUACCGUUUUUGGAGCUUGUGCCAGAUAAAGUAGUACAAUACCCAACUGCCAUAAUACUGUCUAAUCUAAUUGAUAUAAAGUGGUGGAAAAUAAUCACUAACUUGCUGAACCUGGUAUUGGGUGGUUCUUUCAUUGAAAAGAACUGGGGGUCUUCUAAAGAGAUUGUUAUAUUUAUUUUAGUAUUAGGCUCAAUCACGAACUUAGUGGUACUUUCAGCCACGUACGUGCUAGCCCAGGUUUUCACAUCAAUAAGGCUCGAUUUACCUAUUGAUGGUAACUAUACUGUACUGGUAGGAUUUCCUAUUAUCUACAGGCAACUGUUACCAGAGACAACAAUUAUUAACAUCAAAUAUCCAAGUUUCAUAAGUAAGAAUUUCAGAUUCAAGCUUUUGCCCAUAUUUGUGAUUUGCUUUAUGACAAUGGUCCAACUUGUAUGGUUCCAUCAUUUUGCCGAGUUAAUUUCAAUAUGGCUAACAUUUUUUACUACCUGGAUAUACCUGAGAUUUUACCAAAGAUUGCCAACACUUGGGAAUUCGAAUACUACAAAUGAGAUUAUAGUCGGAGACGCUUCUGAUACAUUCCAAUUAAUUUAUUUUUUUCCAGAUAUUAUCAAGCCUGCUUUAAGGCCAAUUUUCAACUUUUCGUACUACUUAUUCUGUGAGAAAUUGAGACUAAUAAAGCCUUUUGAGACGGAUGAAAUUGAUAAAGGUAACCAAGUUGCUGAGAAUAGAGGUGCUAAGAGAAUUGAUCAAGCCAUUGACGAUAUUGAAGCUGGUGAUAGAAGAAGAGAACUUGCUCUCAAGAUGUUAAACCAAAGAAUGGAAGAACCUAAUAGAUGA